CUUCAGCAGAUCGAGACCAACAUCAAAGCGAUAAGUCUUACUGAUUGGACAAUGAAAGAGGAAAUUGCUGCAACAGUGGUUUUAAUCUCCCGAAUGGUGAAGAAAAAUGAGAAACUCAGCAAAAAGAAGGUUGAGAAAUUCUGCAGCAAACUGACCAAAGUUCUGUUUGAAAAAUACAAGAAUCACUGGUACUGGGGGGACCCAGCCAAGGGCCAAGCAUACAGGUGUAUCCGGGUGAAUAAGAGUCAGCCUUUGGAUCCAGUCCUGCUCCAGGCGUGUCUGGAAAGCAAUAUCGAAUAUUCUUCACUGCAGCUGCCAAGCGAGCUCACUAUCUGGGUGGAUCCUUAUGAAGUGUGGUGUAGAUGUGGAGAGAAGAACCAGCCUUUCAUUGUGACCAGGUUAGAGGACAAUAAUACAGACUUGGAAAUUUUUAAAGACAUCAGCAGUGCUGCAGAGCGUGCAGGCUGUGAAUAUAGUUCUGGAACCUCUUCUGAUGAGGAAGGCUACAAGAAGCCAAAUACCACCUCUGUCAGUGACACCCAUGCUGGUUAUCCAGCUGGGGUUCAGGAAGACUUCUCUGUCCCCUUGGAAAGAAAGACCAUACCAAUUGUGAACAACCCGAACAGUGUAUACCAGGUGGAAGUAUGUACCAGCUUCAAAGGCCGUGGGAGCCCUGGUCCAGGAUUGCAAACCAUUCCGACAGUGAUUAACCCAAAGAGUAUCUAUCAGGUAAAUGAUUACAACAGCCACCCUCCAGCUGUAUGGCCCAAGUUUCUACGAAAGAAGAUGUUUCCUGAAGACUACAGCUGCCAUUCAUUCCAGGGCAAUUACAGAGGGUACCGAGCGUCCAACAUGUUCCUAUUUCCUCGUGUGGACCGUUAUCAUUGGGUGAACACCAAGCGAUAAUCUCUGCCUGUGCUUUCCUUUUGAACUCCUCCUUACUUCUCCCCAAUGGCUUUCUGGCAAUCCAGUUCUGACUGACUUUUAUUGACUUGUGUCCUGACCCAGUUGGGGAGUUGAAUGUGUC